AUGUGGAUUGCAAACUAUGACAGGUUGCCAACCCGAUCGAGGCUUGCGGAAUGGGGACUUCCAAUCUCGCCGGACUGUGCGUUCUGUUCGAGAUAUCAAGAAACCCGCGAUCAUCUCCUGCUAUCUUGCGAGUUCAGUGUGGACAUAUGGAAGGCAGUGUUCAGUCGAUGCUCACCACCACCUGCAAUGUUCACGGAAUGGUCAGAGCUUCUAUCAUGGAUCCGAUCCCCUGCUUCAUCAAAGUCUUCUCUGCUGCGGAAGCUUGUUGCACAAACAGUCAUCUAUCACAUUUGGAGGCAGAGGAAUAACUUGAUUCACAAUCAGAAAUCGAUCCCACCACCCAUUGUCUUUCAGGGAAUUGACAGGGACGUGCGAAACAUCAUUUCUUCCCGGAGACACAGAAAACUUUUCAGGUCGCUCAUGGCCUUAUGGUUUAGUUCUUGUUGGUUUUGUUAUUGA